AUGAACCAGCUGCGGAGGUCGGGGACCCACCCAGAGUGGCUAACCCAAGGUCGGACAGUCCUCAUCAUGAAGGACCCCCAGAAGGGAACAAUACCAUCCAAUUACCGGCCUAUCACCUGCCUCAGUACCACAUGGAAGCUCCUCUCAGGCAUCAUCGCAGCUAAACUGAGCAGGCACAUGGAGCAAUACAUGCACAGGUCACAGAAAGGGAUUGGCAAUAACACCAGGGGAGCCAAGCACCAGCUACUGGUGGAUAGGGCGGUCGUCAGAGACUGCAAGGGCAGGAGCACCAACCUGUGCACUGCCUGGAUCGACUACAAGAAAGCCUAUGACUCAAUGCCACACACAUGGAUACUGGAAUGCUUGAAGCUGUAUAACAUCAACAGGACACUAAGGACCUACCUCCAGAACUCAAUGGGGCUGUGGAAGACAACUCUAGAAGCCAACUCAAAGCCAGUUGCACAUGUGAGCAUCAAAUGCGGUAUUUACCAAGGAGAUGCUCUGUCACACCUGCUGUUCUGCAAAGGCCUAAACCCCCUCAGCCAGAUCAUCACCAAGAGUGGUUUCAGGUACCGGUUCCGAAGUGGAACAACGAUCAGUCACCUCCUCUACAUGGAUGAUAUCAAGCUGUAUGCCAAGAACGAGCGUGACAUCGACUCCCUGAUUCACCUUACGAGAAUAUACAGCAAUGACAUCGGGAUGUCAUCCGGAUUAGAUAAGUGUGGGCGAAUGGUAUCCAGAAGAGGGAAGUCUGUGUCUGCCCCUUCAGAUCUCUCCGGUGGUAUGUCCCAUCCCGGCCCUUCUCCAGGUGCGGGCCUUUCACCGGGUCCCAUCCUGGGCCCCAGCCCUGGACCGGACCCGUCACCCAGCUCUGUCCACAGCAUGAUGGGACCCAGCUCUGGGCCAGGAACACCGAAUGCACCCCACGGCAUGCAGGGACCGGCGCAGGGUGACUUCUCGCAGGACGUCAUGUAUUCAAUGCACAAACCUAUGGAGGGAAUGAACGACAAAACCAUGGCAGACGCCAUGCACUUUGGUCACAUCAAAGGUGUGAGCAUGAGGUCCCUUCACAGUGGCAUGGGCCCUCCACAAAGCCCCAUGGAUCAGCAUAGCCAGGGCUACAUGUCCCCACAUCCCUCCCCGAUGGGUGGACACGAGCACGCGUCCAGCCCCAUGUCGGGGGGCGGGGGACCCACACCUCCCCACAUGCCGUCCUCUCAGCCUGGCCCCAUGAUGCCAAUGGACCCCCAAGGAGGGGGGGUCGGUGGCGGAGUACCCAACAUGUCUGGCAUGAGUCAGCAAGGCCGUGGGCCGUCGGCGUUCAGUCAAGCCCAGCUGCAGCAGCUCCGUGCUCAGAUCCUGGCCUACAAGGUCUUGGGCCGAGGGCAGCCGCUACCUGAGAACCUCCAACUGGCCGUGCAGGGCAAGAGGAGCCUACCCACAAUGCAGCAGCAGCAGCAACAACAACAGGUGGUGAGCGGGAGUCCUUACAACAGGCCACAAGGCAUGACCAUGGCCCCUAUGGGCGCAGCCCAGUCCAGCCCCUGUCCUACUCCAGCCAUGCAAAGUAACAAUCAAGGCGCAGCACCCAAACCUUGGCCUGAAGGCCAAGUCAGCGACAAUCCAGCCGGCGCCCCCAAACUCUUGGCCCCCGUCAGCGGCGGUCGUCCAUCGCCGGCGCCCCCUCAGCCUGUUGCCGUGCCAGCUGGGCCCCUGCCUGGCGGCUCGGUUGCCACUCCGCCCGGCCAGCAGGUGUCUCCCAUGCUACAGAUGCAGAAGCAGAAUCGCGUAACACCCAUCCAGAAGCCCCAAGGUCUGGACCCAGUGGGCAUACUACAAGAGAGAGAAUACCGACUGCAGGCUCGGAUCGCGCACCGCAUUCAAGAGCUGGAGAGUCUGCCUGGUUCCCUGCCGCCGGAUUUGAGGACCAAGGCCACGGUGGAACUCAAGGCGCUUCGACUUCUCAAUUUCCAGCGACAGCUGAGGCAAGACGUGGUGGCUUGCAUGCGACGGGACACCACCCUGGAGACAGCCCUCAACUCCAAGGCGUACCGCCGCAGCAAGCGGCAGACGUUGCGGGAGGCACGUAUGACCGAGAAGCUGGAGAAGCAGCAGAAGCUGGAGCAGGAGAAGAAGCGCCGGCAGAAGCACCAGGAGUACCUGAAUAGUAUUCUCCAGCACGCCAAAGACUUCAAGGAGUACCACCGCUCCGUGUCGGGCAAAAUGCAGAAGCUUACACGAGCCAUCGCCACCUGGCAUACUAACACGGAGCGGGAGCAAAAGAAAGAGACGGAAAGGAUUGAGAAGGAGAGAAUGAGAAGACUUAUGGCGGAGGACGAGGAGGGCUACCGCAAACUGAUCGACCAGAAAAAGGACAAGCGUCUGGCCUACUUGCUGCAGCAGACGGACGAGUACGUGGCUAAUCUCACGACCCUGGUCUAUGAGCACAAAGCCGCGCAGGCUGCUAAGGAGAAGAAGCGCAGGAAGAAGAAGAAGAAGGCCAGGGUGGACGGAGAUGGUGGCGAAGGCACAAGUGCUAUUGGACCGGAUGGAGAGCCCAUGGAUGAAAGUAGCCAGAUGAGCGAGCUGCCAGUCAAAGUCAUUCAGACAGAAACUGGCAAAGUUUUGCAAGGUACAGACGCACCCAAAUCCAGCCAGUUGGAGGCCUGGCUAGAGAUGAAUCCUGGGUAUGAAGUAGCGCCGAGGUCGGACAGCGAGGAGAGCGGCUCUGAAUUUGAGGAGGAGGAGGAAGAGGAGGCAGCAAAGGGUGAAAGUGACAAGACAAUCGGAGAUCCCAUUGGAGAGGCCAAGCACAUUAUCGAGUCGGCCAAGCAGGAUGUGGACGACGAGUACAGUGUGCCGACGGAUGAGGCCAGCCUCCAGUCCUACUAUGGUGUGGCCCACGCUGUCAUCGAGCGGGUGGAAAAGCAGUCGUCCCUUCUCGUCAACGGCUCACUCAAACACUACCAGAUUCAGGGAUUGGAGUGGAUGGUGUCAUUGUACAACAACAAUUUAAAUGGCAUCCUCGCCGACGAAAUGGGCCUGGGCAAAACCAUUCAAACCAUUGCCCUCAUCACCUACUUGAUGGAACACAAAAGGCUCAACGGACCCUAUCUCAUCAUUGUGCCGCUCUCGACUUUAUCCAACUGGAUUUAUGAGCUUGACAAGUGGGCACCAUCUGUGGUGAAAAUUGCUUACAAGGGGACGCCAGGCCUGCGCCGGGGAUUAGUGCCGCAGUUGCGGAGUGGCAAGUUCAAUGCCUUGCUGACCACAUACGAAUACAUCAUUAAGGACAAACACAUACUGGCCAAGAUCCGUUGGAAGUACAUGAUCGUGGACGAGGGCCACCGCAUGAAGAACCACCACUGCAAGUUGACGCAGGUGCUGAACACGCACUAUGUGGCGCCACGGCGCCUGCUGCUGACUGGCACGCCACUGCAGAACAAGCUGCCCGAGCUGUGGGCCCUACUUAACUUCCUACUGCCCACCAUCUUCAAGAGCUGUAGCACCUUUGAGCAGUGGUUCAACGCGCCCUUUGCAAUGACGGGCGAGAGGGUGGACCUGAACGAGGAGGAGACCAUCUUGAUUAUUCGUCGUCUACACAAGGUGCUCCGACCUUUCUUGCUGCGCCGCCUGAAGAAGGAGGUGGAGUCUCAGCUGCCUGAGAAGGUGGAGUAUGUUAUAAAAUGCGACAUGUCAGCCAUACAGAAGGUUUUAUACCGGCAUAUGCAGAAGGGAAUCCUCCUCACUGACGGCUCAGAGAAAGACAAGAAGGGCAAAGGUGGCGCCAAAACCUUGAUGAACACCAUCAUGCAGUUGAAAAAGAUCUGCAACCACCCAUACAUGUUCCAACACAUCGAGGAAUCAUUUGCAGAGCAUUUGGGCUACCCGAACGGCAUCAUCACUGGGCCUGACCUGUACCGAGCCUCCGGGAAGUUCGAGCUCCUGGAUCGCAUCCUGCCCAAGCUGCAGGCCACCAACCACCGGGUGCUUCUUUUCUGCCAGAUGACCUCGCUCAUGACCAUCAUGGAAGACUACUUCAGUUACCGCAACUUCCAGUAUUUGCGUCUAGAUGGGACCACCAAGUCGGAUGACCGAGCUUUGCUGCUCAAGAAGUUCAAUGAGGCAGGAUCACAGUACUUUAUCUUCCUUCUAAGCACCAGGGCCGGUGGCCUCGGUCUCAACCUGCAGGCCGCCGACACGGUCAUUAUCUUUGACAGCGAUUGGAACCCGCAUCAGGACCUGCAAGCACAGGAUCGCGCGCAUCGCAUCGGGCAGCAGAACGAAGUGCGUGUGCUGCGCCUGUGCACCGUCAACAGCGUGGAGGAGAAGAUCCUGGCAGCCGCCAAGUACAAGCUCAACGUGGACCAGAAGGUCAUCCAGGCCGGGAUGUUCGACCAAAAAUCCUCCAGCCACGAGCGACGCGUCUUCCUGCAGGCCAUCCUCGAGCACGAGGAGCAGAACGAGGAAGAAAACGAGGUACCAGACGACGAAACCCUGAACCAGAUGAUCGCCCGCAACGAAGAUGAAUUCGAGAUGUACAUGCGCUUCGACAUGGAUCGGCGCCGAGAGGACGCCCGCAACCCAAAGCGCAAGCCGCGCCUGAUGGAGGAGGACGAGCUGCCCUCCUGGAUCAUCAAGGAUGACGCCGAGGUGGAGCGCCUGACAUACGAGGAAGAAGAGGAGAAGAUGUUCGGUCGAGGCUCCCGUUGCCGUCGUGACGUGGACUACAGCGAUGCAUUGACCGAGAAACAGUGGCUGCGGGCCAUCGAGGACGGCAACCUGGAGGAGAUGGAGGAGGAGAUCCGCCUGAAAAAGCGCAAACGCAAGCGGCGACAAGACAAGGAACCGGCAAGCCGUGAGGAAUGGGGUGCCAAAGCCAAGAAGAGGCGAGGGCGCCCGCCAGCCGAGAAACUCUCGCCCAACCCUCCCAAACUCACCAAACAGAUGAACACCAUCAUCGACACUGUCAUCAACUACAAAGACGGUGCUGGCAGACAGCUGAGCGAGGUCUUUGUCCAGCUGCCGUCCAAAAAGGAGCUUCCAGAAUAUUACGAGCUGAUCCGAAAACCCGUUGACUUUAAGAAAAUCAAGGAUCGCGUCAGGAGCCAUAAAUACCGCAGCGUGGGCGACCUGGAGAAGGACGUGAUGCAACUCUGUCACAAUGCGCAGACCUUCAACUUGGAGGGAUCUCAGAUAUACGAGGACUCCAUCGUGCUACAGUCGGUGUUCAAGAGCGCCCGGCAGAAGAUCGCCAAGGACGAGGAGAGCGAGGAUGACAGCGAAGAGGACGAUGAAGAAGAUGAGGAGGAAGAAUCAGACGCUGAGGCCAAGUCUGUGUGGGUGAAGAUCAAACUGAACAAGGAGGCCCGCGGUAGCACAGAGCGGGGCAAGAAGAGGCAGAGCAGAGCCAAGGCCAAACCCGUGGUUAGCGACGACGAAAGUGACGACGACCAGGACUGCAAUGAGCAAUCUGACAUCAGCGAUGACGAGUGA